AUGUCAUCCGUCGUUUCGCUCGAUGAUCGGUCGUUCGCCACUGGCGGUACGCAUACAUCCGCAAAAUUUUUAGAACAUGACAGCGUUUGUUUUCAGCGCGCACCUCGACGACCACAAGCUCGUUCUCGUUUUCUCGUAAAUCCGACACCGUGUCCGAGUGCACAAUGGAUCGGACACAAAGUUUAGAAGAGGUCGAGGUCAAGAUUCGGACGGCGGCGGUGUCAAACACGAAUCCGGUAAAGCGACGGGCGGUGAGUCCAUUGAAGAUCAGCUACGAGAAGCCGCGCGUGUGUUCGAUCCACUACAAAACAGUGUCGCACAUGCUUGCCACGUGUCUUCUAGUGCCAUUAUCGAUCGAAACGCUUUGGGUUUUCACCUCUCCGUCACACCCGAAAAACUACAACGUCAUCGUCGGAAUUCUGAAUUCGUCCGCCUUGUUUCUCAGUGUUCUACACGUUCCAAUCUUUCUUUUAACACGAUCUCCGACGCUCAAAUCCGCCGUUUUCACGUUCUGGACAGGGGUGAGCAAGUGCACUCCGCCAAACUUUUUUCGAACUUUUCCACUUCAGAUGCUUAUCGUAUUCGUUCUGGCGGGCGCCGGAUGCUAUGUCUGGAUCACUGUUCAUUUCGGCCAACAACUCGUCGUCCCAUUUCACUAUAUCAGUUUUUUUGGUAUGUCCGCGCAUUGGAGCGCAUUUGCUUCAUCACAUUUUUUGCAGGUUCGGUGGUCUCUGUGAUCUUCGGAGCGAUCGCUGUGUAUAUCGAACAUCAAGCGUCGCAAUAUGGUCGAAAAUUUCCUGGUUUCUAACAAAAAACCUCUUUUUUUCAGCGAUUAUUUAUUGA